ACCUGAGCCGAAGGACAGGAACAUUACGCCUCAAGUACCCGCAUCAUCCCGCCUUCACCCUCUCUCUUCCCCUGGGAUCCAGAACCUCCACCCUUCUAGGCUCGCUGGCUCGUGGCCAAGGAGCUCGCGCGCCGCCUCCGCCCCGAACGCAAACAGCUGUUUCCCGAGACGUCGCCGCCCUCAACUUUGCCAACUAGUCCGCACGCACUUUGACCAGCGAAGCAACCCGGACCUGUAGGCUUGGGGCUGUUGGCGGAGUUAGAAAAAGAAAGGUGAAACAGCUGGUUUCGGGGCCGCGAGUUGCUGGGCUUUGCCUCAGAACUUUCCGGAGGCGGCGGAGUAGCCCCGCCCCGCCCCCGCGACGCCCGCGCGCACGGGCCGGGCUAGUUCUUUGCUCGGGGAACGCGUGGGCAGCGGCGGCGGCUCGAGUGGCGCAGAGGCGGCGAGGGGAGCAGCGGCGCGGGGAAGCGAAGCCGAGGCAGUCGGGGCGCGUGCGCUUGUCAGGCCAAGAAGUUCUAGAGAAGAAAAAUUUCAGAAAAAUUGCCUCGGUUUGAGUAGAAUAUCAGUGAACCAAGAAAAUUUGAAGCACCAUCCCUAAAGAAAACCUGGUAUACAAUAACUUCACAGACUUAGCUGAGGGUUUUUUACCCAAAUUGGUCACUGGAUUCUGCUGCCUCAUACUUGAACCUGCUUGGAAUUUUUCUCAUGUGGAUCUAAGGGGAAUGCUUUAUUAUGGCUGCUGUUGUCCAACAGAACGACCUAGUAUUUGAAUUUGCUAGUAACGUCAUGGAGGAUGAACAACAGCUUGGUGACCCAGCUAUUUUUCCUGCUGUAAUUGUGGAACAUGUUCCUGGUGCUGACAUUCUCAAUAGUUACGCAGGUCUAGCCUGUGUGGAAGAGCCCAAUGACAUGAUUACUGAGAGCUCCCUGGAUGUCGCUGAAGAAGAGAUCAUAGAUGAUGACGACGACGACAUCACGCUUACAGUUGAAGCAUCCUGUCCGAAUGGGGAUGAAACGAUUGAAACUAUCGAGGCUGCUGAGGCACUCCUCAAUAUGGAUUCUCCUGGCCCUAUGCUGGAUGAAAAGCGAAUAAAUAAUAAUAUAUUUAGUUCCUCUGAAGAUGACAUUGUUGUUGCCCCCAUCACCCAUGUAUCCGUCACAUUAGAUGGGAUUCCUGAAGUGACGGAAGCUCAGCAGGUUCAAGAGACAUACGCACGCUCACCAGGAGCAUCAUCACCAGAACAACCCAAGAGGAAGAAAGGGAGAAAAACGAAACCUCCACGACCAGAUUCCCCAGCCACUACGCCAAACAUAUCUGUGAAGAAGAAAAAUAAAGAUGGUAAGGGAAACACAAUUUAUCUCUGGGAGUUUUUACUGGCACUGCUCCAGGACAAAGCUACUUGUCCUAAAUAUAUCAAAUGGACCCAGCGAGAAAAAGGCAUUUUUAAACUGGUGGAUUCUAAAGCAGUAUCCAGGUUGUGGGGAAAGCACAAAAACAAACCUGACAUGAAUUACGAGACCAUGGGAAGAGCUCUCAGGUACUAUUACCAAAGGGGUAUUCUGGCAAAAGUAGAAGGUCAACGCUUGGUGUAUCAGUUUAAGGAAAUGCCAAAAGAUCUUAUUUAUAUAGACGAUGAGGAUCCAGGUUCCAGCAUAGAGUCUUCAGAUCCAUCGUUGUCUUCAACAACCACUUCAAGUAGGAACCAAGCGAGCAGAUCGAGAGUAUCUUCAAGUCCAGGGAUAAAAGGAGGAGCCACUACAGUUCUCAAACCAGGGAAUUCUAAAGCUACAAAACCCAAAGAUCCCAUGGAAGUUGCACAGCCAUCAGAAGUCCUGAGGACAGUGCAGCCCACACAGUCUCCAUACCCCACCCAGCUCUUCCGGACUAUUCAUGUCGUACAGCCAGUACAAGCCGUCCCAGAAGGAGAAGCAAGCGUAAUCAAUAGCAUGCAGGAUGAAACACUGAAUUCUUCUGUUCAGAGCAUUAGGACUAUCCAGGCUCCAACCCAAGUGCCAGUGGUUGUGUCUCCUGGGAAUCAGCAUUUGCAUACAGUAACACUCCAGACUGUGCCAAUCACAACAGUGAUAGCCAGCACGGAUCCCUCUUCGGGUGCUGGGUCUCAGAAAUUUAUUUUACAAGCCAUUCCGUCGUCGCAGCCCAUGACAGUACUGAAAGAAAACGUCAUGCUGCAGUCCCAGAAGCCGGGCUCCCCUCCUUCGAUCGUCUUGAGCCCGGCGCAGGUGCAGCAGGUUCUUACCAGCAACGUGCAGUCCCUCUGCAAUGGCAGCGUCACCGUGGCCUCAUCUCCGUCCUUCAGUGCUACUACCCCCGUGGUGACCUUUUCUCCUCGAAGUUCACAGCUUGUUGCUCACCCACCUGGCACUGUAAUCACGUCAGUUAUCAAAGCUCAAGAAGCAAAAACUCUCAUACAGGAAGCGGAGAAAAGAGAAGCUGAAGAUAAUUUGAAAGAAGACAGUGAGAAGACUGAGCCGCAGCCCUAUGUGAUGGUGGUGUCCAGUUCCAACGGCUGUGCCUCUCAGGUCGCUAUGAAGCAAAACGAAGUGCUGGAACCCAACUCUUUUUAAUUAACGUACCAAAGGAAUUAUGGAUGAUUGUUUUUUAAUUGAACAUUUUCAUUUGUCUGCAAACUAUGUGAUUGAUUACAAGAGAAAUUCUACAGAUGUUCCUAAUGUUGUAGUUAAUUGUUAAAAAUAUUAAUUUAGAGUUAAUGUUGACUUUGUUAGAUGACGGAGGGAACCCACGUGCUUCUCCUUGUUCUCCAAAUGUUUCAGAAUUCAAUUGUGAAGGAACAGCCAUUUUAUACUAUGAAGACCUCCUUUUCAGAUUUUUUUUUCAGUUGCUAUAUCAUAAGCAUUUUUAAAGUUUCUUUUUUAAUUUUACAUGGUAUUAGCUUUUCUGAUUCUUUUGUAAAUACAGUACUUCAGUAUAAGGCAACAGGAAAAUUAUGUAGAACUAUUUUCAUUCCAUUCGUGUAAGUUAAAAUCUUGACUCUUUCAAAUGCAGACACCUAUUUUAUACUUGGUUAAAAUUAUUUCACUUAGGUUGACUUUAGUUGGUUGCACUGUAUAAGGAACUAUGAAUAUGUAAAAAAUAACAUGAAAGAUUAGAAAAUGUCCGUGAUAUGGCUGAACCAUACUUCAGAAGCAGGAUGGUCCAGAAGCAUCAGUGUAAGGGUAGCUCUCCUGCUAACUAGUUCUGUAACGUUGGGCAAAGCCACUGGAUCUUUUUGGGCCUCAGUUCUCACAAAAAAGGAAGCGAAGAAUUGGAUUAGACUUGAUGAUCUCCGGUUUGCUUUCUGGUUCUAAAUUUGAGGUUUCCAGUUCAAAUAUUUUAAAGUUAAAUCAACUAAAACAUUAUCAAUUAUUUCUUAAUAUAAAUAUAGCUAACAUUACAGAAAAAUAAGUGGCCCUACAAAAUUCAUUCUGUUAUCUGUAAGAUCUGCUCUGAAUCUGAAUUCUUCCUCAAUACUUUGUUCAUUAACUCUUCAGGCCACUGUGCACUGUGGUCUGUUAGUAAAUUUAUGUUGCCAAGUGCUAAAUGAUAUACUGCCAUUCUGAAAGAAUCAGGGCUCUUUCUUAAGGGCCCAGAAAACAAACAAGCCUUGGGCUGAUCUGGCUGAGUAGGCAGUUGCUAUAAAAGCAUAAUUGCUUUAUAUUUUGGGUCAUUUUUUAUUGGGAGUCGGGGGGUUGCAUACAAAGAUAAUAUACAUAUAUAUCUAAGUCUCUGAAAUGAAAUAGUUUUUAGAUUACUUUUUCAACUGUAAAUAAUGUACAUUUAAUUUCACAAGAAAAAUUGUUUUCUGCAAAUUUUCUAGUACAGCGAAGGAGAAAUUUUUGUAGAUGAAAAAAUCAUUAUGUUUAGAGGUCUAAUGUUAUAUGUUUUCAUAUUACAGAGUGAAUUUGUAUUUAAACAAAAAUUUAAAUUUUGGAAUCCUCUAAACGUUUUUGUAUCUUUAAUUGGUUUAUUAUUAAAUAAAUCAUGUAAAAAUUCUCCAUGUUUGUGUUUUCAAGCAAGUGUCUCUUAAGAACGAGUAUACAGAAAAUGCUGCUAGUAUUUACAGUGUUAUUAGAUGUUCGUAUAACAAGCUCCAUUGGUCAGGUAAGAAUUGCAGAAUUGUCAUCCUCUCCUUUUUCCUUGCUGCUGUGCCAAAUGGUGGCUCCCAGAUGGCACACUAUGGACCACCAGCCUCCAAAAAUUAGGAAACCGUAAAAUUUCUCAGCAAUAAUAUUCAACAAACUUUAAAAACCAAGUUUGCUAAUUAGAAAUUAGAUCAGUUAAUUGUUAAACUUGGGAAACAUGGAAACAGAAUAGAAGAAAAUUAAAAUCUCAAUGCUGUACACUUACUCAUUUUCUCAUGUCAGUUAAUACUCUUCUAAAACGUGAUUCUAGAAGGAGCAUUUCUGUCUCUGAAGUCAGAAACAGAGAAGAAUCUGAAUGAAUAGGCCUUGCUAAAUUUCCGCAUUUACCACCCUUCACUCAUACCCUUUCUCCUGUCAUUUUUCACAACUUUCCACUCUUUAUCGAACCUUGUAUAAAAACGCUUAGGCUUAAGCAUUUCUCUUGAGUCUUCAUUUCCAUAUGAGGGCUCUCAUGUCAUGUAAAAUAUAUUAAAAUAAACAUGCUUUCCUCCUUGAAUCUGUCUUUGUCAGGUUGAUUUUUAGGUUCAGCUAAGGACCCUAAGAGGUUCAUGGAAAAGUUCUUUCCCUUCCAGAACUCUCUCUAACAUAAUCUCAUCGUGCUGAACUCCUGAACGGGAGCAUAGUAGUGCUCCCUCGGUACCUGGCCUUGUACAUCAAAUCAUUGAUUCAACAUGUGUUUGUUAGGGAAGGACCUGUGAUGUUACUGUCCCUGAAACCUGAUGCUUUCCUCAUUUUCCACUCAUUCUUUAACCCUCUCCAGUAUUGCAUUUGCCCUAUUACCCUGAAAUUACUGUUGCAAAGGUCCGUAGCUCGUAAUUAAUUUACAUAUUGCCAAAUUUCUAUCCUUCCUUAUCCUCCUUGGCCUUUCCAGUAUUUAACCUUUAAUAGCUCACUCUUACUUUAAAUCCUCUAUUGCCUUCACCUUUGUGCCCAGCUUGUUCCUGUUCUCCUCCUGCCUUUAUAAUAAUUUCUUCGUAUUGCGCCAGAGACUUCUGCAAAUGUUGGAGUUCCCCAUGUUUUAUCCAACAAUCACUGUUCUUUUCAUUGACCUCACCUUGUCCCUUUCCGAUCUGUUCUCCCCAAUGCAACAGGAGUGCUGUUUUAAUUAUGUCAAAUACUUCAGUGUCGAGCCCUUCCUCACUGUCCUCAGACAGUUGAUGUCCUUCAUGGCCUUACCCCUUCUUGGUCCCACCAGCCUUAUCUUCAAAUUUUACUCUUCAAAUCUCAACUGUCA